ACUCAAUAAAUUGAUAAAGGAGUGUAACACAUAGGAUGAAAAUAACAAAAUAAACGGAAUACCAGUGUUAUCAUGACUUCGGUAUACUUGGUCAUAUUGACACUUUUUUUGUAUAUUGGAUGUCAGACUGCUGCUGAAGAGAUAAAUUGCUACAAUAGAUAUACCAAAGGAUCGAAUUAUUUAAGAAACAUAAGCAAAACAAAUGGAAUUCCAUGUUUGAAAUGGAACAUGGUAUAUUCGCCUAUUGUAAAAUACCACGAAGACCAUAACUACUGUCGUAAUCCACUACCUAGUCAAGUUGACAGGCCGUUUUGUUAUACCAGAGCUUCAGAUUUUCAAUUUGAAAAGUGUGAUAUUCCAAUCUGUGACUGCAGAAAUUCAACAACUGACCAUAAUUACAGUGGAAAAAAAAACAUAACCAGGACAGGAAACACAUGCAUUCAUUGGAUGAGUGCUUCUGCACACAUCACACAAGAAGAAAAUUACUGUAGGACACCUGCAGGAGAUACUUACAAUGUUGAUGGUCCUUGGUGUUAUAUUGAUAAGUCUGGCAGCCGGGAAACGUGUAAUGUACCUGUGUGUGACGGUGCACAAUGUUCUGACCUAUCUGUGAGGCCUAAUGUGAUUUCAAAAGAAGAAAGGAUUACAUUCCAAUACGGCGAAAAGGCUGCUCUUACAUGUAAAGCUGGAUAUAAAUUGAAAAACCCGACGACUCUGACGUGUCUGCAAUCAGGGAAUUGGAAUGACAGGUUACCUCAUUGUGAAGAGGUGACCUGCUACAACAAGUACAACCAUGGUCAAAACUAUGUAGGUAAUGUCAGUAAAACAUUUUCAGGAGAACCAUGUUUGAACUGGAAGGUAGUUAAUUCUCCGUAUGCAAACUAUCACGAAAACCAUACAUACUGUCGUAAUCCACUACCAAGUCAUAUUGAUAGACCAUUUUGUUAUACAGCAGCGGGAUUUAAAUUUAGCAAGUGCAUCAUCCCAGUCUGUGGUACAGUAUAA